AUGACAUCUCCCGCUUUUCUAGAGCGUUAUCGCCAGAUAGGCGCUCUCGACCAGCAGAAAAAUGAACUCAUCGAGGAACUCCUGCAACGUGUGACCGACCUCGAAAAUUCUUUCCAGCGUGAAAAACUUGAUCAUGAGCGAGAGACUCGCUUCAAUCGUGAUAUUCAGCUGCAUGAAAUGGAGUUGAUGGAUCAGAUAUCGCGAAUCAAGACUAUUAUGGACCGAGAGCCGUUUGUUGUCCUGCUUCUGGACGGAGAGGGAAUAAUGUUCAAGGACGAAUUCUUGCAGCUGGGAGAACAAGGCGGCCGAAAUGCUGCCAAGCAGCUCUGGACAUCCCUGCAGGCCUAUGUGACUGGAAACUUUCCCAGCAUCCACACGCCGAAGAUAAUGACAAAGAUAUACCUUAAUGUGAAAGGAUUUGGCGACACUUGCGCCCGGAGUGGAAUUUUCGCGGAGCCUUCCACUAUCCAAGACUUCAUUCGCGGCUUCAAUGAAAGCAUGUCGUUCUUUGAGAUUGUGGAUGUGGGAACUGGCAAGAAUAAGGCACACGAUAAAAUUCGAGAGUCCUUCAAACUCUACCUUUACAAUUGCCAUUGUCACCAGAUCUUCCUGGGUUGCCCCUCCAAUAACGAAUAUGCUCGGUUCUUGGAAGAAACGCUGGUGGAUGGGGAUUUCAGCGGCCGCAUUUCCUUGGUGGAAGGUCUUCCAUUCGAAAAGGAGCUGGACGCGGCAAAAUCUACAUAUCGCAGCACCAAGUUCCCGGAUGUUUUCCGCUCAACCAAGGUUUCACCGGCCUGGGCUGUUCCAUGGAAGAGCUCAAUCCCUUCUCGGACGUUACUCACGCCGUCACCAACUCAGCAGUUCCAGCAAAAUCCUGCCCCCCUGUCACGAACCUCCAGCGCUAGUGCUUCAGGCCUGGGUGUUCCCUUGUCGACGACAACAGCCAAUAAGGUUUCUGAUCCUCCCGACUUCCAGGUUGUUCGUUCUAAGCCAUUGGGUACAACUGCCCCUAAGACCGUGGAACGCAACAAAUACGGCCAGCGCGUUGAUCGUCUCGACUUCAAGAGUAUUCCUCGCGAUGAUCUGAACCGGUUGAAGAAGCUUAAGCUUUGCAAUUAUUACUUUCUGCUCGGGGAGUGCCCCAACGAAGAGAAUUGCUAUCAUGACCACGACCGCAAAUUGACCCGACAGGAACUUCACAUCCUGUCCGCCAUUGCUCGCAUGACCCCUUGCCGCUUUGGAUUGGACUGCGAUGAUCCUGAGUGUAUCUAUGGUCACCGUUGCCCCCAGAGUGAGCCCGGAAAGAAGACCUGCUUCCGAGGAGACAGCUGUCGUUUCGAACCUGUGGCGCACGGUAUCGACACAAAUAUCGUCAAGGUCACGAAGAUCUAA